AUGCCGAAAACGGUGGGCAGUACGCGUGGCAAUCUUUGUGCGAAGAAGCCUUCGACUUUCCUUUUCCCUGGGAGACUGAACUCCUUGUCACUGAUCUAUCCGGCCACGUGCUCCCAGAGCACACUUGCGCUGGCCUGGGAGACCGCGAUAGCGAUUAUAUGGACAGUCCUAGAGGCAUUCUCCUCCAUGAGCCCAUGCAAUAGACCUAUCUUCUGGAGACUGUUGACAGGUUUUCAUCGCUGA